AUGUACUUUGGCUACAACAAACCAUUACCACAAAGUCAAUUGCAAUCAGAUCUUAAGUGUCUCAAAUCAAAAUUAGAAAAUGUGGUUAAUACACAAAAUUUGUUAUUGUCUUACUUAUUGUCAAGUGGUCAGGUUAACGCGGAGCAAUUGAAAGAACUUGGUGAUUCAAAUGGAAACCAAGUUGCCCACCAGUUAGUGGGUAUCCAAGCUGGUGGAUCUGGUGGCCAAGCAAGUGUCCAAAAGGGUGGUUCUGGUGGUGAAGAGUUAGAUGAUCAUUUAGAUGUGUUUGGCUCCCAAGGUGACCAAGGGGUUCGAGGUUUCAACUUCCAAGAGAAGAAUGUUCAAGCGUUUGAGGUUCAACCCGAGCCAUACCAUCUUGCAUGGCCCGAGGAGGAAUAUGUGCUAGAAAAUGAGAAUUUGGAAACGCAUGUACUCAAUAAUGAACAAGACAUUACUGGCCAACCAUUUCCAAAGGCUGAUAAGCAAGUCCCUAAAGAAAUCGCUGCACCAUCUCCACACUCGCCAUCAUCACAAUCAUCAUGCACUAGAAAGUACAUAAUAACUCAUGCUGAUAAGUUGAAGUUGACUUCUAAUUUGGUUAGAGUAUUUAAGGAUGUGGCUAUUGCAAUGAAAACUAGCGGUAAAACCAAAUCUUUUACAGUUUUGGCUAAAGUGUUUCAAAAUGAGAAAUGUGUUACCCUUGAUUAUGAAGACAUGCUUGACUGGUGCUUCCAAAGAGAGAUAAAAUCGUCACACAUGUCAAUUUUAAUGAUGCUAUUUUCAUGUAAUGAUGCCAAAAACAAAAAUCAGCUCUUCUUUGCCCCGUAUUAUGAGGAUGGACAUUGGAUGUUGGCUGCUAUUUGUCCAUGGGUUGGUUUGGUGCAUUGGCUAGAUCCCGCGGGAGUAAAAGAUGAACCUCCCAAAUUUGCUCAAACAAUAAUCAACAAGGCAAUGAUCAAUUUUAGCGCGGAACAUCGAAAGGAUAUCACAAAAAUGAAGAAGAAACCUUACAUUAAAUGGAUAAGCAUAGAGGUAUUUGUAUCUUUAAUAUAAUUUUGCAAUGCUUAGUACAUAAUAUAUGUUGAUACAUUAUAUAUAACUAGGUGUUUGAUUUAACCCUCCCCUUUUUUUUGGUUUGUAUUAGUUUCCUCGUCAAGCUAAUGGCUCUAGUGGUAGUGGAUAUUACGUUUGUCGCUACAUGAUUGAGACAAUUGAAUCUAGGCAAAUGAUCAUCCCCGACAAGUAUUUUAAGCAAGUUCCUCCAACAUAUUCUCAACAAAUGAUCGACGAGCUUAGGGAAAGAUGGAUUUCAUAUGUUACUGGAUACCAUCAACCAAAUGACAACAACGAUGAUUUAUGUGAAUUGUAGAUCAAUAUGGUAUUGGUAUAUCUAAGCAUAAUUUUUUAUUUUAAUCAACAUUAACUAGAAA